AAAAACGAUAACAGCUUACGACACUCGCUAGUCGUCACACAAGUCAUCUCCAGACCCCCCGUACUUGCUGUGUAUUUUUACACACACAAAAAGUAAAUAAAAUCUACUCCAAAUUCUCACAGGUUUGUGAUUUAGGGUUUUGGAAAGGAAAAAAAAAUGCAGACAAGGAAUAUGGAGAGGAAGAAUUCAAUUAGGGAAAGAGGGAAACGUGGAUUGGAUGGUGGUGAUGAGCAGGAGCAACCCGAACGAAAGCGGCCCGCGUUAGCUAGUGUAAUAGUGGAAGCUUUGAAGGUGGAUAGUCUCCAAAGGCUUUGCUCGUCGUUGGAACCUAUUCUUCGCAGAGUUGUUAGCGAGGAAGUGGAACGAGCUUUAGCAAAGCUAGGCCCUGCUCGAAUAGCUAAUGGAAGGUCUUCACCUAAGCGUAUUGAAGGACCAGAUGGGAGAAACCUGCAGCUUCACUUCAAAUCAAGGAUGUCUUUACCCCUCUUCACUGGUGGCAAAGUUGAAGGGGAACAGGGUGCUGCUAUUCAUAUUGUCUUAGUUGAUGCCAACACUGGUCAUGUUAUUACAUCAGGACCCGAGUCAUCAAUAAAACUAGAUGUUGUUGUACUGGAAGGUGAUUUUAAUAAUGAAGAUGAUGAAGGCUGGACUCAAGAAGAAUUUGAAAGCCAUGUUGUAAAAGAGCGUGAAGGAAAGAGACCGUUGUUGACGGGAGAGCUGCAAGUGAUGCUCAAAGAAGGUGUGGGGACAUUAGGGGAGUUGACCUUUACCGAUAACUCAAGCUGGAUUCGAAGCAGGAAAUUUAGGCUUGGUUUAAAGGUAGCCUCAGGAUUCUGUGAAGGGAUACGUGUACGUGAAGCGAAGACUGAAGCGUUCACUGUUAAGGAUCAUAGAGGGGAAUUGUACAAGAAACACUACCCACCUGCCUUAAAUGAUGAGGUAUGGAGAUUGGAGAAAAUUGGCAAGGAUGGAUCAUUCCACAAGAGGUUAAAUAAUGCUGGAAUUUUUACAGUUGAAGAAUUUCUUCGUCUUGUUGUGAGGGAUUCUCCAAAACUGCGUAGUAUUCUUGGAAGUGGCAUGUCUAAUAAGAUGUGGGAGGCUCUGAUAGAGCAUGCAAAAACUUGUGUAUUGAGUGGGAAACUUUAUGUAUAUUAUCCCGAGGAUAACAGAAAUGUUGGUGUCGUUUUCAACAAUAUCUAUCAGCUAAGUGGUCUUAUCGCUGGUGACCAAUAUCAACCAGCUGAUUCUCUUUCUGAUGGCCAGAAGGUAUACGUGGAUACAUUGGUUAAGAAAGCGUACGAUAACUGGAACCAAGUUGUUGAGUAUGAUGGGAAGUCACUUGUGAGCUUCAAGCAACCUAAAAGGUCAAAUGUCUCUCGAAAUGAUUACUCAAGUGGGUCAAUAGAGUAUCCAAUAUCUUCAAAUAAUCAGCUAAUGCCACCACGCCAUUCUGGUGUGGGUUCCUCGGACUCUGUAACUGUUGAUUCAAACUUGCUUUUAGGAGGUUAUAAUGGCAAUCUGGACACCAUGUACCAAACCGGCCCGCAAAUGGUGAACACCAAUCCACACGGUCAGUACGACAUGAGUUUUGCUUCAAAUGGUCGUAAUAUCGCCAAUUCUCAGCAGAUGCAAAAUAAUGGAUACGAUAAUCGAUCUGGUCUUGCCCUCGGUCCACCAGAAUCAUCGUCAUCAUUUCAGCCCAUAAAUACAUCUGUUCAACAACCCAAUGUGAAUCCAUUCAAUGACUGGUCUCACAACAACGGGGACAAAGGCGUAGGCGACUUUAUGUCUGAGGAGGAGAUUCGCAUGAGAAGUCACGAGAUGCUGGAGAACGAAGAUAUGCAACAUCUUCUUCGACUCUUCAGCAUGGGCCCUGGACAUGGCGGUAAUGUGGGAGAUGAUGGGUUCUCCUUUCCGUCAUUUAUGCCAUCACCGGCUCCAAAUUUCGACUUUGAUGAAGACCGUAGCCGCUCUGGGAAGGCUGUAGUUGGGUGGCUGAAGAUAAAGGCGGCAAUGAGGUGGGGAUUUUUUGUCAGGAAAAAGGCUGCUGAAAGACGGGCACAAAUUGUAGAGUUAGAGGAUGAUGAAUGAAGCUAGCUGGAAAAGCUGCAAUAAAUUGUGGGUAAUGGUAGUCACACUCUACUGAUUGGAUAGCCGUAAAUGUUAGGGGUUUCUAGGAGUGGUAUUUUGGCUUUGCAUGUACAUAAGAUGUUCAAUAUAACGACUAUUUUCCUGAAGAUAUCAACUACUUGGAUACAUAUUCUUCAACUUUUUCUUAUUCAUGUAUAAUUACAUAUGGUUUGUGAGAAAUUUAACUCGUCUUGUAACGAUAACCUAGAAUGAAACAAUGUAUUUCCAUA